AUGGACCCCGUCAUCAUAACGCCGGAUGACGUAGCUGAGGCGGUCUGUAGGGCCCCGAACUGGAAAAGUCUGGGACUCGACGGACUGCAUCACUACUGGCUGAAGGGGUUCAUGGUGUGUCACGCUGUGCUCGCCCGACAGUUUCAAGGGGCUCUCGACCAAAAGUCGCUACCGAGCCUAUUCACUACUGGGAUCACUCAUUUGGUUCCUAAAGACCGGGAGUCCACAGACCCGAGCAAAUACCGCCCCAUAACGUUACUACCUACCAUAUACAAGACACUAACAUCCAUUUUGAGCGCGAGAAUCAUUCGUCAUCUGAACUCAAACCAGGUGAUGUCACGUGCUCAAAAUAGAUGCUGGGGCGGUGGUCGUGGAACCAAGGAACCACUCUUCAUUGACGCGGUCAUUGGCAAAGUGGUUAAACGCAACCGUCGGAACUUCUCCGCCGCCUGGAUAGACUAUAGAACGACAUUCGACUCGGUGCCCCAUACAUGGCUAAAGAGGGUCCUCGAGCUGUACAAGGUUGACUGUAUAGUUAGAGACUUCCUCGAGCAGUGUAUGGGGUAG